AGCCCUCUUUAUCGUAGUAGAGUAGUAGUAGUAGUAGUAGUAGUGGAGUCUGCAACAGUAGAAAAGGAAAUAUAGAGAAAGAAGUGACUGAGAAAGCACUGUUUGAUAUUGGUAUGGAUUGAUAGAUAGAUACAAAUUUUCAAAAAGAGAGCGUGAAAAUUCAGUUUGCUGUUCAGAUCUUCGAAGCCCAUAUGCCCUUUUAGAGAUCCUUCUAUACCCUCUCUUUUUCACUUUUUUUUUCCCCGGCGAAUCUCAUGUCAGUUUCCGACGAUCAUCCGAUCAUUUGAACGGCUUGCAGGUCGUCAAUUCGGGAUUUGGAGGACCUGAGGCAUGUAUAAAAACCAGUUGCAAGAAUUAGCUCAGAGAAGCUGUUUCAACCUGCCAUCUUAUGCUUGUAUUCGUGAAGGACCUGAUCAUGCACCUCGGUUUAAAGCCACUGUCAACUUCAACGGGGAGACCUUUGAAAGUCCAACCUUCUGCACCACCCUGAGACAAGCAGAGCAUGCUGCAGCCGAGGUAGCACUCAACACACUUUCAAAAAGGGGUCCCUCUAGAUCUCUAGCUGCAAGAGUGUUGGAUGAAACUGGAGUUUACAAGAAUCUGCUUCAAGAGACGGCCCACAGAGCGGGGUUAAACCUUCCUACAUAUACAACCGUCCGAUCUGGACCAGGUCAUGUUCCUGUAUUUUCUUGCACAGUUGAGCUUGCAGGAAUGAGCUUUACUGGAGAGCCAGCUAAGACCAAGAAGCAAGCACAGAAGAAUGCUGCCAUGGCUGCUUGGUCUGCCCUGAAACAAAUGUCCCACCUUGGCUCUUCUUCUUCCUCUUCUGGGUUGGAAUCUGAAGGGAAUGAGGAGCAGGAACAGGUUGUCGUGGCUCGCACUCUUGCUAGCUUGCGUCCAGCAGAGGCAAAUAAAUCAACUCAAAACGACCGGCAACGUGGGCGUCGGAGAUCAGCUCCUGCUCGUAGGACCACAAAGCCUGGUAGCACAAGCAUAUCAUUGUACCCGAUGCACUACCAGAGUUGGAAUUAUUCUAAUUUCUUUCCUGAAAUGGCAAUGUACCAAAUGUACCAAAUGUGGCAGCAGGAACAGGCAUCCCAGCAGCAGAGCCGCCUGUUGACUCAUCCAGUAGCACCGACUCUUCCGCCUGGUCCUCAUGUUGUUCCAUUUAUUCAGUCUAUAUUCCAGCCAGAACAUGGGCACUAUGUUCCAGUAAGGGAGCACGAACAACCCAUCCAGGCUGUGCCAGGAGUAUCAAUGCCUACCUCAGGUCCAUCUUUAUACUUUUCAAACCCUUUGAUGCCAGUUCCUGUUGGGAGUAGGUCCCAGGUAACCAUACAGGAGAUUCAGGAAGAGAGAACACAAAUGAGUGAAGAGUGGCUUCAUAGUGAUGCAGAUGGUGAUGGGCGGAAGGUGAAUAUACAGCCAAAUGCCUCUGGAUUUUCUCCAGUAGAAGCUGCGAAUGCUCCUGUUUCUGGUGUCAGUCAUGCAGAUCCAUUAGUCCGGGAGACAACACGGGAGGUGGAUAAACAAAAGAAUGUUGAGUCCGAUCCCAGCAUUAGGCACGCUGUACAACUGGAAGGGGGCCAAAGCGAACGUAUUGAAUGGGCCUCUCGGGGGUCCACAGAUGCUGGAUAUGUUCCCAGAUCGACAAACCCUGGUCAUGCUGAGUUCCGGUUGCGUCAGUUGCAUGGUCUUGAUUCAUCUCAGUCCAAUCCCAGGCCACAUCAUCACCCCAGAGGAGUUUCUCCAGUGAUGGCUCAUAGUUUUAGGCGUCCUACCACUCCAGCUCCUGUUAUGAUUAGAACUGUUGGGCGGCCUGCAUCUUCAGUGAGCCCCAAACUGGAAAGCUCGAAUCCUCGAGUGCCUGCUCCAGCUGCAAUCAGGACCGCAGCUUCUACAUGUGUACCUAGACCUUGGCCAAGAGGAAUGAUGACUGGAGGAAUGCCUUCUAAUAUGAUGGCUCCAGCAGUUCACAUCAGAUCAGUUGUCCCAGUCUGUGCAGCACCACCGGCAAGGAAAAUUCCAGAAACUAACCAGGAUGGAUUGUUAUCAGGUGGUGAGCGGAGAACUAAGGAGCCAGAAGAUGUGAAAGCAUCAGGCUUGGAGCUGGAGCAUUAAGCCUGGACCUAUGCUGGUUCCAAUGGCAAAUUGGGUACCUUGGUGGCCUCAUCCAUUGUGCAGCCAUGGGCUUUGCCUCACCAUGUUCCCUCUCUGGCCGAGAUGGGUAGCCCUUUACUUAACAGCCAUGGAAGGUUUCAACACAUAGUUGUCUCGGCAUCUAGGCGACCCAAUGCAUUGAAAGGGUCCUGGACAUCAAGGCAACACUAACAAGGUACCUAAGCGACGCCUUGACAACUAUGGUUCAAGGAAUAUGUGGUUCUUUUGUUGCAUUCUUCAGAAUAUGUGAUGCGACCUCUAUUUCAUCUGGAGAAACCUUUACAGCCACACCAGUAACGUCCUCUUGUAGAUUAUGGGAGCAUUCAGAUGAACUCUGCUUUGCUUCUGUUGCUAGUCCAUAAAAAGGUGGGUCUGUGCAUCUGCAACAAAGAGCAAUUUCAUAAGAUCUUUUCAGUAUCUCCAUCUUUCAGAAAGGAUGUUUCUUGUGGCCUCUUCAGUUUCAAUUUUUUUUAUAAGAUGGAAUAAUAUAAUUGGAUCUGCUUGAUAAGCCAAGAGUCAACACCAUAUUACUUAAAUCCAAACAAAAUUGAGAGUCCAAUAUUCCUGAAUUUUUUUUUUCUUGAGAUCUGUAACCUAAGUUAGAUCUACAUUUGCAAAUUUGAAGAAGAUUUAGUGUCAUUGUGUA